AUGCCAAAAGCUAAGGGAAAAGGUGGUAAAAACAGAAGAAGAGGAAAGAACGAUAAUGAAGGUCAAAAGAGAGAAUUGACCUUGAAAGAUGAAGGUCAAGAAUAUGCUCAAAUCACCAAAAUGUUGGGUAACGGUAGAGUUACUGCUUCAUGUUUUGAUGGUAUUGAACGUAUGGCACACAUCAGAGGUAAACUUCGUAAGAAGGUUUGGAUGGGUCAAGGUGAUAUUAUUUUAGUUUCAUUAAGAGAUUUCCAAGAUGAACAAUGUGAUGUUAUCCAAAAAUAUAAUGCUGAUGAAGCUAGAGCUUUGAAAUCUCAAGGUGAAUUACCAGAAAAUGCUAAAAUUAAUGAAACUGAUACAUUUGGUAAUGAUGAUGAAGAAGAUGUCAACUUCGAAUUCGGUGCUGCAGAUGAUGAUGAUGAUGAAAAUGAUGAAGAAUUAGAUAUUGAUGAUAUCUAA